AUGGCCACGCAACGUGAAGUGAUCGGAUUGGUGGCUUCAGAGUGCAACUCCUUUGCUGAGCAGUUCUUCGCAGCAAACUGCCAUCGCUUUUCUGAUCUUGAGGGCCCGGAUGUUGCCAAGACCGAGCAGAAAGCGGAAUGGUUCGACGUUUUCAAGCGCUUUGAGGCUGAGGCUGAGCUGACAAUGCAAAAUGCCUUGUUCUUGUGGGGACUGGUGCAAGCAAAGACCUUUCAGGAAGAGUUUGUGGAGGAAGCAACUCAAUGUGCUGUCCUUGAUGACUUUUUGUCACUCACAGACUACCCAGCCUUCGUGAAGCGCAUGUACCGUGAGAUACAGCAAAAGCGGGAGCAGGACGCCAAGCUCGCUGAAGACAAGCCACGCCUUCGCAAGCGGCAGGACUCUCUCAGGCCUGACACACCAAUGGGAAAUCUGGAGACUCAGCAGAAACUGUCUGAGUUGGAUCAACGUUUGGCGGCUUUGGAGGCGGAGCGCAACUCGCUGUUGGUGGAGCGUCGCAAGCUGGUCGGUCGUGAGGUUCAUGCCACAACCAGUCAGACGCUGAAGCACCAGAUUGAACUGCAGCGCUACAAGGAGGACGUGGGUCUGGAUUGA